AUGACUAAUUCCAACGAUCUAUAUACAGUUCGUGCAGCUAGAGAAACCGAUAUACCACAAAUCCUCGAUAUUUAUAAUGAACGCAUUCUCAAUUCUACCUGUCUAUUCAUGUACAAUCAAGUAUCCCUUGACAAUCGUUUGACAUGGUUUGUGGAAACAAAGGCAAAAGGCUAUCCAAUUAUUGUGGCCACAGAAAAGGAAACAGAUAAAGCAAUUGCAUAUGCCUGUCUUGGCGGUUUCAGACCUCAUACUGCUUAUGUACUUACAACAGAAAUUUCGAUUUAUGUCCAUCAGGACCAUCAGCGUAAAGGAUUAGGAGUACGCUUAUUGAAGGAAUUAUUACGUAUCGGCACAGAAAUGAAAUUCAAGAAUAUACAAGCAUGUAUAACAUCCGAAAACGAAGGGUCAGUCGCUCUCUUUUCUAAAUAUGGAUUUAAACAUGCGGGUCAUUUACGUGAUGUUGGAUAUAAGUUUGGUCGAUUUUUGGAUGUGGUGUUCCUGGAAUAUAUAACAGAUGUGCAAGUCGAAAAAGAUAAAGCUGUACCAGCCUUCAAGCCUUUUCCUUGGAAGACUUAUGUAUAUACCGAAAAAUUGUACGAUAAUUGA